ACUAGAGCGCUGCAACUUUAUUUGGCGUCACAACAAAAUUCACAGACUCCUUAUAUUUGUUUACAAUCAAGUUUAAACUCUCAACAACUGUUCAACAAUUGGAAAUUCAGGUCUUCCAUUGAAAUUGAAGUCUGUGUGGCUUGAAAAAUACAAUGUCCAGUGAUCCGAUUCAGUACUCUGAGAAAUAUCAAGAUGAUAAAUAUGAGUAUAGGCACGUCAUAUUGUCAGCUGAGAUUGCCAAGCAUGUUCCUAAGUCUCACUUAAUGUCAGAAACCGAGUGGAGGAACCUCGGAGUCCAACAGAGUCCGGGAUGGGUCCACUACAUGAUGCACGUACCAGAGCCACACGUAUUACUAUUUCGUCGUCGAAGAACUGACAUUCCAUUGGUCGUAAGAAAUGGUCUCAAUGAGUCGACGGCCAUCAGAUGCAACUAAAUUGGACCAAAACAUCAAGUGAAAUUUACAGUGCUAAAGCCCCUACGAGACCACCCCAAGAGGAAAAUCCCACAACUGAAAAAUAUCCUACAAACUCUAUUUUUUGGCAAAUUAAAAAAUGGAAUAGACAUUAAUCCUAAUCUACCGGCGAUUGUUUCAACGAGCCAGCUGUGUUAUGAGGGCUGCACACAUUUCAAAAAAUUCCAUUGUAUGGUGGCCAGUUGAUUGAGAUGGAAGAGAAGUAGGAUCUGCAGGAAAUGUUUAAUUAUUACGUAUAAAUUAUUUAUCUCUUGUGAAUUUUCUAGCCAAGUGAUUCAAGUAGGCGAACCCAUUUGCAAAUAUCUCUAAGAUCAAUUGGUUUGGAAAAAAUGUUAAGCCUUUUUUGUUAUCCAUCAAAUUUUCAAUCAAAUGAGUUUCUCAAGCCAACUCUCCAAACCAUCUUUUAAAGACAGUGGCAAAUCCGUUGUGGGCUUACAUAUAAUCAACAUAAAAUAAUAAACAGUAAGUACCUUUCAUAAAA